AUGUAUGAGGCUUUUACUUUGGUGCAUUUCCAAGAUGGCCGCCGUGCCCAGCAGCACAUUGAGAGCUCGUGGAAACAGUUGGAGUCUAGUAAACGUCGGUUCGAGCGUGACUGUAAAGAGGCUGAACGAGCACAACAUGUCUCCGACAGAAUCGACCUCGACAACAAGACGGACGGAGAAAAGCGUUGUUCACUAAAGGCUCGUCACACGGCUCAACAGAAACAACAAGCAGCUGAAGAAUCCAGGAAAGACUAUAUGACCAGUUUGAACCAGUUUAACCAAGACCAGCACCAGCACUACCACACACUGGUACCAGUCAUAUACCAGCGUAUCCAGGACAUGGAAGAGCGACGAAUCGAGAGAAUCUGUGAAUCGAUGCGUUCGUCUGCAGAAGCUGAAAGAAAAGUUCUUCCAGUGGUUAGUGGCUGUUUGGAUGCCAUGAUGGACGCCGCUGAGAGCAUCCAGCCCAGGAUGGACACCCGUCAAGUGGUGGAAGUGUACAAAUCAGGCUUUGACCCUCCAGGUGAUGUAGAGUUUGAAGAUUACAGCGCCACCAUGAGGAGGAGCAUCUCUGAAUCGAGUUACCUUGACAACCGGACUGAGGGGCGGAGACAUGGCAGAAAGUUGUGGCCCUUCUUACGAAAAAACAAACUUCUGGCUCCUUGUGGACAGCUGUCACUCAAACUGGGCUCCAGUCCUGCAGACUGUAGUCACCUUUCUCCUGAGCAACGCCGGAAAAAACUUCAGACCAAAAUAAACAACAUCAACGAAGAGAUUCAGAGAGAGAGAGAGCAGAGGACGGCUCUGAUGAAGAUGAAAAGUGUGUAUGAACACACUCCUCAGGGCGACGCGAGCAGUUUAGAUUCUCGACUGGAGGAAGUGAAACAGAAUCUUCAAAGACUGGACGAUGAGCUGCGGAGGAACCAGGCAUGGUUUUCAGAGGUGGACAGCAGACUGUCUGAUCAGAGCGGUAGAAGACAAAGUGGAGGUUGUGGGUCAAAUUCCCAGGCGACAACACCAGGUAGCAGCAGCCUGAAAAAGCUGGACAACCGCAGUCCAGCCAGCAGAGAGAGUCCUGAUGGCAGUUACACUGAGGACCAAAGCGCUGAGCUUCACUUUAAGUCUCGUAGUUCAGAGUUUGAUGAAGACUUUGAUGAUGAAGAACCAUUACCUAGCAUCGCCACCUGCAGGUCUCUGUACCCGUUUCAAGGUCAAAACGAAGGCACUCUUUCAAUGGUGGAGGGAGAACUACUUUCUGUAGUGGAAGAAGACAAAGGAGAUGGCUGGACCAGAGUACGGAGGAAUCUGGAAGAAGAGGGAUAUGUCCCCACCUCUUACAUCAAAGUCUUCCUGGACACCAGUGCCAAAGGCUUUGUGCAGAGUAGUCGUCUAGUCUAGCACAGUAAUCGACCAAUGAGGACAUCUCGCCACAGGAAGUGAUGUAAAGGAAAGAGCUCAGAGGAAGUGUGGUAACAGCUCACAGACAAAUGUCAAUUCAUGCUAGUCCAAAAGAAAUUAACGAUCAUAUAUUAAGCCCCAAUAAGUACAAUUGUUCUGUAAUUCACACAUUCACACCCACAUUCAUACAGUGCAUCUAUCAGCAUGCAGAUGGGGAAGGCUGGGAUCAAACCUCAGACCUUCUGGUUAGAGGGCAACCGCUUUCCCCCCUCAGCCACAGCCGCCCAUAUUAGACUGGUCUGAAAGUUUGAUCAUAUAUUAGACUGGUUUCCGACUAAGAUGAGACAUUAAACAGGUCCAAACUCAGAUCAUAUAUUAGACUGGUCCUAACUUCAGAUCGUACACUCACCGGCCACUUUAUUAGUUACACCUGUUCAAUUGCUUGUUAGCACAAAUAGCUAAUCAGCCAAUCACAUGGCAGCAACUCAGUGCAUUUAGGCGUCUAGACGACUUGCUGAAGUUCCAACCGAGCAUCAGAAUGGGGAAGAAAGUGGAUUUAAGUGACUUUGAACGUGGCAUGGUUGUUGGUGCAAGACGAGCUGCUCUGAGUAUUUCAAAAACUGCUGAUCUACUGGGAUUUUCAUGCACAACCAUCUCUAGGGUUCACAGAGAAUAGUCCGAAGAAGAGUAAAUAUCCAGUGAGGGGCAGUUGUGUGGAAAUGCUUUGUUGAUGUCAAAGGACAGAGGAGACUAGGCAGAGUGGUUGGAGAUUAUAGAAAGGAAACAGUAACUCAAAUAACCGCUCGUUAGAACCAAGGUCUGCAGAAUACCAUCUCUGAACGCACAACACGUGGACCCUUGGAGCAGAUGGGCUACAGCAGCAGAAGAUCACACCGGUGCCACUCCUGUCAGCUAAGAACAACUGAGGCUACAAUUCACAGGCUCAACAGAACUGGACAAUAGAAGAUUGGAAAAACGUUGCCUGGUCUGAUGAGUCUCGAUUUCAGAUGCGACAUUCAGAUUUUCAGAAUUUGGCGUAGACAACAUGAAAGCAUUGAUCCAUCCUGCCUCGUAUCAACAGUUCAGGCUGGUGGUGGUGGUGUAAUGUGUGGGGGAUAUUGUCUUGGCACACCUUGGGCCCCUUAGUCCCAAUUGAGCAUUGUUUAAACGCCACGGCCUGCCUGAGUAUUGUUGCUGACCAUGUCCUUCCCUUUAUGAUCACACCCAUCCUCUGAUGGCUACUUCCAACAGGAGAAGGCACCAUGUCACAAAGAUCACAUCAUCGCGAACUGGUUUCUCGUGACAAUGAGUUCAUUGUGCUUCAAUGGCCUCCACAGUCACCAGAUCUCAAUCCAGCGGGAGAUUCACAUCAUGGAUGUGUAGCCAACAAAUCUGCAGCAACUGUGUGAUGCUAUCAGGUCAACAUGGACCAAAAUCUCUGAGGAAUGUUUCCAACACCUUGUUGAAUCUAUGCUAUGAAGAAUUAAGGCAGUUCUGAAGGCAAAAGGUCCAACCUGGUACUAGCGAGGUGUACCUAAUAAAGUGGCCGGUGAGUGUAUAUUAGACUGGUUUCAAACUCAGACAAGACAUUAGACAAAUUAGUUUAAUAAAGAUAUUGAUUAUUUGUUGUGAUUAUUGAUCAGUCUGGCUGUGACUAGGUUUUAAUGAAUAAAAACUGUCAAAAAUAUUUCACAUCAAAGUUAAAUUGAUUACUUGUGUGAUUCAAACUUUUAUUUUGAAAAGUUUCUGUGAUUUCCUCAUUUGUUUUUCAGAUUCACUGACAAACUGAUAUCAAGGGUUAAUGUUAGUGUUUUAAAUCUUUUAUUUACCUUAACACAUUUUAUUUUUCAAAAUGUUACUUUUUAAAGUUUAUAAAUCAAUUAAUGAAAAUCAUUCUUCCUGUGGGAAAGAAAAAUAAGUGCAUUCAUGGUGUCAUCCUGUGCUCCAGGUGUGACAUCACGGUGACAUCACUGUGAUGUCUGCUCUACAGACUGAUGUCACAUUACACUGUAAAAUCUGUUUUAAACAUUUUUACACUUCCUGUAAACCUACCGAUAUUAACCCCGCCCCUCAGAUUUAACAGCCUGUAUUAACUCCGCCCACUGCUUCUUGAUAAAAAAUGGGUUAAUUAAUUCUGUGAAAUGUCAAACUUUUAUUUUAAAGUGAGAUAUUGAUCAGUUAUUGAUUCAUUUUUGAUUGAGACGCAAGAGCUUAUCUUUU